AUGUUUAAUAGGAAUUAUACAGAAGUGACUGAAUUUAUUCUCCUGGGGCUGAAGGUUCAAGCAGAGCUGCAUCCUAUCCUCUUUGUGAUGUUUCUUGCCAUCUACCUCAUCACCGUGGUGGAGAAUGUCGGCAUGAUUGUUCUCAUUCGAAUCACUCCCAGACUGCACAAUCCCAUGUACUUUUUCCUUAGCCACCUCUCCUUCGUGGAUCUAUGCUAUGCCACCAAUAUCUACCCUCAGAUGCUGGUGCAUUUCUUACCAGAGAAGAAGACUAUUUCCUUUAUUGGUUGUUUCAUUCAAUUUAAUAUUUUUGUCUCACUGGCCAUCACCGAAUACUAUCUGCUUACAGUCAUGGCUUACAACUGCUACGUGACAGUUUUCAGCCUACUGCUUUACGGCAGCAAAACAUCUAGGGGAGUCUGCAUUGGUCUGGUGAUGGCUCCCUAUGUCCAUGGCUUCCUUAAUGGCUUGAUACAGAUGGUGCUGAUGCUUCAUUUGUCAUUUUGCAGUUCUAAUGAAGUCAAUCACUUCUUUACCGAUCCUCCUCUCUUACUCCUGUCUUGCUCUGACACCUUCGUCAAAGAAACUGCCAUGUUUGUGGUAGCUGGUUUCAACCUCAUCUGCUCUCUCUUGAUCAUUCUCAUCUCCUAUGACUUUAUCUUUGCUGCCAUUCUGAGGAUCCGUUCGUCCCACCUGACUGCUGUCACCAUAUUUUAUGGGACUCUUCUCUGCAUUCAUAUAACACCUCCCACUGAGCACUCAGUUGCACAGGGGAAAAUAAUUGCUCUCUUUUAUACCUUUGUUUGCCCCAUGUUGAACACUUUCAUAUACAUCAUGAGGAAUAAUGAUGUGAAGGAUGCUAUGAACAGAGUUCUCAAAUUUCGUACCUCUAGAGGACUUAAUGGUACUCAGGAGCCUCUUGAGGCGCUGGACCUGCGCCUCUCAGCAUCUUUAGCCCCUUUGGGUGCCCUCCCUGCCAUCCGUCUUUGUGCAUAUAUUGGUAUUCAUUACCAAUACAUUCUUCCCAGAACAGAGUUGGAUGCCAUGGUUCACCUGGGCAAACUCAAAUCUUUUAACCUCCCCCUUCUAUGCAAAAAAAACUGGCUCCCACAGUGGGUUACUCGAGGUAAUAUCCAGCCGACCAAAGAUCUGGUCUUCACAGAGAAGACUUCAAAUCAAAGACCCUUGGACCAUCUGCACUGGAGGAAACACAUCUUUCAUUUGUUCAUUCCCUUGCCUCUAGAAUUUUGUAACAUCCUUGUUCAUGUGAACCUGUCUCCAUAUGAAAGCCUGGCUUUCGAUUCCAUGGGCUGGGAAUCUGGAGUUGGCAGUAAGUCCUUCAUUUCCAGAUUACCUAAUUUAGAAAUUUAUGUAGUAUUUGAGUGCACGGAGUUUGAAGAGAGGGUGGGUGAAAUAACUGGUGUACUAGACUGGAAGCUCUCUCUGAAAUCAUACUGGUUUACAAUGGCUGAAGGGCUGUUCUUAUUGGGGGUCAAAAAUCUUUGCAACCUCAAAGGACUAGAGAGCUUUUUCUACAAAUCCUCUCUCCUAUACAUAAAUAUAUUUAAUGAAACAGAGACUGACCCUCUUAAUAUAAAGGAGGAGGGUCACAGACAUUCUCUUCUGGCUCCAAACGCCAUAUGGAGUUUGGGACAUUUUCUACUCUUUUGGAAAUUGGUUAUGCUGGAGAGGUUUAAGAAAUGCGACUUAAAAACAAUGCUUCAUACAUUUUAA